AUGCAGUCUCCGCGGACGCCGACGCCGAUGUCGCCACGCGGUCGCAGUACCAUCUGCGGCUAUCUUCACAGGGUCUGAUCCCUUUCAGGAAUCCACAAAAAUAUAAAGAAAACAUUUUGGAACAGUCUUAGCUGUAAAUUCCUGUUGUGGUGAAUUAAAAUAGUUCAGGUUUUCCUUUUUUUUUUGUUUCAUGAUGUUCAGUCUAUUAAACUUCGUACGUCAAAACAUUCAAUUUCCAAAAAAAAAAGAAGAAUUUUUCCAUUAUGUUAUUUCUUUGUCGUGUAUAAGACCAAGGUUGCAAUUUUUUGUCGAGUGAAAAUCAAUGAUUUUUUCAGAUAGAAAUCCGUUCGAUAGGUCUGAUAACGCGACGGCGGUACUGGUUUGCGCUCUCUGACUCAUCUCCCUACCUUUAUUGGUACAAGGUCGAACAUACCACGAGGCCAAGAACGAAGAAUUCUUCUUUAGGAAAGCGACGACGUCAAGUCAGCAGGGCGAAUUUGUCUCAGUGGCGCCGCCUUCACCUACGAUCCCAAAGAGAAAGGCCGUUUCGAGAUCCAGUCAGGCUUUUCACCAUAAUAAUCGAAAAAAAGUCGAGUUUGCUCUGAACCUCGAAAACCCGCAUUUUGUAGUUGAAAAAGCUUGAGUUUUUUGAAUAUCUACAAAUUUUGAGCUUUUUUCAAUCUGGCUAGACCGAGAAAGCUUCACUAACAAUAAUGAAUACUUCUAUUUUCAUUCUCGGCAAUCUUUCUCUCGUAUUUUACAGAAUUCAAAAGACUGUAUCAAGUCUUUUAUAUAAAAUAAAUAGUCUUUUUUUCAACGUUUUGAAGCCCUGAUUUGAUCUCAGGCCUAUGGAUCCUUUGAUUUGCCCUUCGUCGGUUUGAAACUUUUCUUGCAGUGCAGUCAACGAGGUUUACAUUUUCGAGUGUUCCUCGGAUAAGCAACGCAACGAAUGGAUGCGGGUCCUGCAGGAGACUCGCAAAAAGAGCUGGUUCACCUCGCAUUCCUCCCACUCCGACGCCUCUUUCGUAGCUGCAAGUCUUCAAAGGAUCCCUAAUUUUUGCUGUCUCAGGACAUCACUGCUCUGACUCGAGCUCAUCCGUCGUGUUCAACUCCAACUCAAGAACUUCUGGCCACCUGCACUUCGCCUGUACCGCCUCCGAGAACUAAGAAGCCUGUGAAUGAAGCUGUCGAACAGGCCAGAAUGUCUCCGGAAAACCCUCCGAUUCAAGUUGAAGCCGGCGACGAAGUCGUGCAAAUUAUCAGCGAGGUUUGCGAAAAGUGAAGUACACGAGCGGAAACCAGAAAAAGGUUCAUUAGCUUUUCGGUAACUUGAAUAUAAUGGUAGUAGAGAAAAAUCAAAUGAAUCAAAAUAUAUCCUUUUCUAUUUCUGUUUCUGUAAUCAAAUGUAUUAUAUUCUAAAAAGGGCUUUCCUAGGGAAUGAGCGUCCGAAGCGAAGAGACGGACAGUGCCCACGAGGCGGGUUCCUUGUCAGAAUGGUACCUCGACCCCGACGGAAACCUCAACGACCGCAGUCUUGAAAUGCCCAAGGUCUUUGAAUCAGGCUCACGAUUUUAACGUUGACAUUCUCUGCAGAGAGUGGAAAGUCCCGAAAUGGUGGUCAAAAGACUAGCCGAAAAAACGAACGACAGCAUAGAAGCGCCUUUGAGAGCCAUCCGACGCAACAUCACCAACGCGUUCCGCAGCAACAAAAGCCAGAGCAUCGACGAGAGCAAGAAGGUUUCCGAGUCGUUGGAACCUGGAUUCCAUCGUUGCAGGGCAGUCUCCAACGGCGUCGGUGGUCGUGCCAGCGCGACAGGAAAGCAGCGAAGACCGUUGCAUCGAACUGACGGACCGAGUGGCGAGCCUCGAGGCCGUCGUCGACUCUCUCCGGAACGCCUUGGUCGCCGCCCAGCGCCAGAAUGAAACUCUCAAGCAUCUGGAGACGAUCGACGACGACGACGAGCUCCGCGGAUAUCUUCUCGAGAAGGAGCGACAUCUGACCGAGCUGCAGAUCAGCUGCAGUCAACAGGCUCGCAAAAUACGUACCAUGGAGGAUGAGACAAGGUUUGAAUGUCGGCGUUCAUUUUCCCUUAGCAUUUUUUGAAAGUUUGCUCGAAUACUUUUCAAAUCUCUAGCUGAACAGGAGAUUAUUUCUUUAUAUAGUCGCAGAAAAAUCGUAAUAUAAGAACAAUUGAGAGCUGGAAAAAAAGGACUAGGCCUGAUUCUUAGUUUUUUUUUAUUGUCCAAAUGCUUUCAGUCAAAGAGAAAUAAUGAAAAAAAAAACCUGAUUUUUCCACAUCUAAUUCCUCUUAUUUACGCAGAAAUUUCUUAAUCUCAAACAUAUGAAAUUUGUACGGCCAUCUAACACUAGCUCCAUUCCAAUAUAUCAACAGAUGUUUGACUCUAAAGAAUGUUUCAGGAAGUUGGAAGACACGAUAACGGACUUGCAACAGUCGGUGGAGGCGUUUCGCGAGUCGGUCCGCACGAAAGAAGAGCUCAUUCUGCGACUUUGUGAGGAAAAAGCCGAAGAACCGACGUCGUCUGCCACGUCGUCCGGAAAUGUCGAGAAGCUCUUGGGAGAUGUCGAAGUGCCCGAGGCCAUCCUGAUAGAUGUAGCUUCUGUGGACUGCGAGGAGACUGCCAGACGGUUAGUGUGUCUACAUCGUAGGUAUUUUUGACUCGCUAGGAAACUUUUUUACCUUCUGGUUGAACUUUCGAUAAAACUUCGCUGAAGUGUACUUUAGGACCCCCUAAUUGCAGAAAAAAAAAAUUUCGCAAUAGAUCUGGUUUUCGAGCUGUGGAGCUUCGAAGUCCGCAAAGCACGGGAAUUAUGGCAAGAAAAGCGCUAUUUCAAGCUUUUGAAGCGUCUUAACUUGAAAACGAGAUCUAUUGCAAGUCGAGAAUCUGAGACCCGAUUGUGCCAAAAAAAAAAAUGUCUCGGCUGUGGUAAAAAAUGCCAAAAGUUCUACCAACUGUGCUUAUACGGGAUUCAUACGGGCAAGCCCGCUGAGAGCCCGUGGUAACUCUAACCAGCAGGAGACUUCGGGGGAUUGUUAUCCUCGUAGGAACACUCGUUGGAGCAAGUUUACUCCUUCUAGAGUCAUAUGAGAUGUGGCCUAGGAAACCAGGGUAUUUUCUAACAUUUGUUAAUUAGUUUUUAUACAAAUUAUGAACUAUAUAACCUUCCAGGGGCACAUUUUGUAUUGUCCAAGGCCCAGGGAAACAUUCUGUCUCAAUUUCUCUUAUUUCAGGGUUUUCGAUGAGGAAAACGUGAAUGACGUCACCGAACUCAAGGAUUUGGUCGACGGCUACCGAGAUCAGAACCACUUCCUCAACAGUGAAAUCAUAGGUUUUCUUUUUUGAAUUACCGUUUCAAAAUUCGAUGUGUUAUCUUUUUUUGAACCUAAUUUUUCAUACCAUCGCCAAAAAGAUAUCUACAUGAAAGUUACGUUUCUUGAAAACCUAAUAUUUCAUUUCUUUUCAGAAAAAAAUAGUGGUUUUUUUGAUAAUUUUCUUUUGAAAGUGUCUACAUGAAAGUUUUUGAUGCCCUACAAUUUCAAAAGAAAAAUUUUGAUUCCAGAGCUGCAUGGAAUAGUUCAAUCAUUGGAAGAACGCGAAAAACGGCUGAUCCGACAAAAUUUUGACCUUGAGGCUUGCUAUUACCAACUGAAAAGUCGAUAUUUAAUGGUCCUCAAUCAUUUUAAGUCGCCCGAAAAACCAGGAAAAAGUUGGAAAUUUCUGUGGAUAUUGACAAAAUUGGUUUUAUCAGUAAUGGAGCCUGGAGUGUUGCGGGAGCUGCUCGAAGAGUCGGCCAGGACGCCGAGAGAAUCUCAGAGGAGUCUCACCGACCAGCUGGGGUUCUACCGGAAGGUUAUUUUCUUAUUUAGAAGGAACCUGGAGAAGAAGGAAUACAAUGUGCAACUAUUUCAAUAAGGAUCAAGAUGUUUAGAUUUCUGAGUUUUCCUGAUUUGUUGUUAAUACGAAGAAAAAUCAUACUGUAUUGUGCAUACUGUUAGACAUAGAGUUUGCUGUAAAGUCGCUCAUUCCCAAGGACGACGCUUUAAAACGAGAAAAUGAAAAAAGGAAAUCAAGUGAGGAUUUUUUGAAGUCGGCUUCUAAUUUUUCUUUCUCUGAACUUCGCAGGUAUAUCUCAUAGCUGUACUUUUAAGGAGAAGAAAGCGGAAGAUGAGGAUCUCCUCGACACAGCCGCUUCUUACAUGGAGAAGGCUAACGAACUCAUGGAAGCGACUCGACUUGUCAGUUCUAGUUUCUGGAUCCAUGAAUCGGGAACCUAACAAGCAACGGAAAAUGAAGAAGGAGUUUGAAGGAGCAGAGCGAGGAGUACAUGAAGUGGCUGCAGUCUUGGGACGCCUUCCUCGUGAAUCAUUCAUCGUCGCGACAGCUCCUCGCCUCUUCGCCCGACCUCAAACUUCUCAUUCGAACUGGAGUUCCGCCUGCCUACCGCGGUCGCGUUUGGAAAAGGUCUUCCGUGGCUAAUAGUGGCUAAUAGUGAAGGAUUGUUGUUUCAGCCUAGUGAGUUUCUCGGUGAAAGAGAAACAGUCGGAGCUGGGCAACGGCUACUACGCUUGUAUGCUGAGGAAGGCGAGUUCUCGCAAGAACGACGGGGUCUACGACGCCGCCAUCAAGCAGGUUCCAAGGGCUCCGACUCCAGUCGCAACUGUGGCGCUUCAGAUCGACCUGGACUUGGCGCGGACCUUGCCGACCAACAAACACUUCGACGAGCCUGACUCGGCCAACAUCGAACGUCUUCGAAACGUUCUCUAUUCUUUCCGCUACCACAACUCCCAUGUCGGCUACUGCCAGGUAACUGUGCACAUUUCGGGAUGAAACUAGGGAUUUGGAGGGCCUGAACCGAUUGGCGGCCAUCGCUCUACUUUAUUUGGACGAGCAGGACUCGUUCUGGUUCCUCGUCGCCUGUGUGGAGCAUCUACAGCCCGAAGGUUACUACACCAGUUCCCUCGUGGGAGCCGUCGCUGAUCAAAAGGUUUGGUUGGUUGCUGCAUUUUUAUUUUUAAAGCUUUCGACACUUAUUUUUUGGAGAUUUUUGAUUUUUCAAAGAACUUUCAAACUAAAGCAAGAUGACCUUUUUACAAAGGGACUCUAGUAAACUUUCCUAUCUAUUUUUGUUACCUCGUAGAAAAACUCGAACCAAUUUUUCAAUUUUUUGAAAUUAUUGUUUCAUAAUUUUAAUAGGUCCUUCGCGACCUUGUGGCCGAAAAGCUUCCCAAACUGGCAGCCCAUCUACGAAGUUUAGAGGUGAGUCAGUGACAAUUUCAGUGGUAAUGAACGUAUUUUCCAACAGGUGGAUCUGUCUCUAUUCGCUCUUUGCUGGUUUCUGACCUGUUUUGUGGACGUUUUGCCGCACUCUAUCUAUUUGAAUAUCUUCGAUGUUUUUCUAUAUGAAGGCAAUAAAGUAGAGUUCUUAGUCUUAGAAUGUUUCUCACGGUUUUCAUUUCCAGGUACUUUUCCGAUUCGCUCUCGCACUUUUGAAGCUUUGUGAGCCUCAUGUACUACAGUGCAAAACAAUUGGUUAGUUUCGAGAAUUUUCAGACUCAUUAUCAUUUAUAGAUUACCUGCAUUAAGAUUUAAUUUCAUUCACUUUGUAGGGACAGUACACGCCUGUCUCAGUCGCUCCUCCGAGUACAUUCCUGACUUCAAAUCUUUAUCUCAAGUAAGAAAUCGAAAACAUUUUCUCCUAAAUUGGUUUUUGAACUUUUCCUGAAUGUUUUUUUUUUGACUUUCAAAGGAUGUCAGACGAAUAUCUAAGCUGAUAAAACCUCAAAAGUUCAAUCGAAAAUUACCUUUUUUUACUUAAAAAGAUCCCAAUAUAUCAUGAAAAUUUCUGGUUACAAUUCUAAUUUUUCAGCAAGUUUUUUUGAAUUAUUCUGUAGAAAAAGGUUUCAGGUCGCGUUCAACGAGUUGAACCCAUUCCCACAAAAAUCAAUCGAAAGCAAACGUAGCAUGUACUUGGCCCAAUUGAAGGUUUGUGCAAAAAGUUAGCCUACUUGAAAUAUCAAGUUACACGAAGAAUCACCCAGAAAUAUUCAAAAAUUUCAGGACCAAGGUCAUGGAUAA